GCCUAUUAGGCACUUUCCUUGUGAAUUUUCAGUAAAUUCAGAUAGUCCGAGAUUGCUGUCGGAGAUGACGAGCCCGUUCAUAACAUGGUAGGAACCCCGAGGAGUACAGGGUGCGAUAAUUGUCGGGUACGGAAGAAAAAGUGCGGAGAGGAACGUCCUCAAUGCCAGGCUUGUUUGGCCGCAGGAUGGCCAUGUCCUGGCUAUGCGAGACGUUGGAAGUUUAUCAACGAGAACCAGCAACUGGCUUCUUAUUAUCAGAAGAAGAGUUACAUCUUCGAGGAAGUUGAUACAGUGCCAAGUACUGUUGAAGAUUGGAACCCAGAUUAUAAUGAUCUAUAUUUGUGGCCAUACGGAAAGCUCUCGACAUCGGCAGGUUUCGGUACAUUCAGGCUCAACAUACCUUGGCCUCUAACCUCCGAGCACGACCGAAGUGGCUCUCUGCUUGUCUACAUCAUAGAAGAUCCGAAGAGCCAAGGACUAUUCCCCAUUAAUUCCCAUGGUGACUAUUUCAGCUUCAUACCCAGUCGUAUCGGCCACAAUGUUGCUCUUGACGCUUCCGUGUCGUGCUUAUGCGGUCUUUUUAUCGAUGUUUUCACUGGCAAUUCGACGAUCUCGGAAACCGCCAUCCGCCGGUAUAUGAGCAGUCUAAGAUGUCUUAGAGAGUGCCUUGAUGAUGAGCGGAAGCGUUUGGAGUCCGAAACUAUUUGCGCAUCUGUCAUUCUGCAAUUGUGUGAGCUGGUAAUGAAUGCAGAUAAUGGGAGAUGGAGUCAUCUGUCCAGAGGUACAAAAGUCCUUAUACGAGAUUGCGGACCCGAGAGGUGUGCUGCUCCUUUUGAACGCGCCCUGCUUGAGUCGCAGCGAGCUUGGUUUAUAAUGUUAGAUAUGAGUGAAGGCCAAGAGUGUUUUCUCUCGCAAUUGCAAUGGCGCCAGUUGCUCCAGAGUCCGGCAGUAUUUCCUAUCAGUAAAGGGCCUCCAAGUCUGUCCCUACGUUCGAAGCUCUGUGAUCUACUUGUGGACGGUCCGGACUUGCUUUCGGAGGCGUCGAAGCUGUCAAUGCUGGAAGCCAGUGGUUUGUGCCGCAAAUCCGAACUAGAAAGGCAACGUGAUCAUGUCAUAUACCGUGCCGUCUCGAUGAAGCAGAGCAUUGAGAGAUGGUACAUUGAGGAAUUUGAACCAUCGCUUUUAGCACAUAGGCCUCUAGCCAACGCGUCUACGAAGGCCGUGCCACCAUCCGAUUUGCAAUCCAAUCUUGGCAUCCCCAGAUACCCUGAGGUUCUCUUCGGUGUCUUGGACUGCAUCUCCAACUCUGUCUUGAUUAGACUUGACGAGCUGCUGUUGUCACUCACAGCAGGAUCGCUGGGAGGACAUAAUGGGUCUGCUGCUGCCGUUGACCCCGACAUUACCGCGCAGCGACAAGAAACUGUGCGCACAUCAUUCGAUUCUGUGCGGCAGAGUUCAAGAGUAGCCGCAAAGCCUCUUGAAUUUGGAAUGCGCCAGAUCUGGUCAAUCGGCCGCGUCUUUAAUCAAGGCCAGACGUUUGACAUAUGAGAAGGUCUAGUGCUUUGCUUCGUGGAUAUUGAAUUCUACUGGAAAUUGG